AUGGCGCUCGCCGCGGCCGCGGCCGCUGCGGCGGCCGGGGUGAGCCAGGCGGCGGUGCUGGGCUUCCUGCACGAGCACGGCGGAAAGGUGCGCAACUCCGAGCUGCUGAGCCGCUUCAAGCCGCUGCUGGAUGCGGGCGACCCGCGCGGUCGCGCUGCCCGCAGGGACCGCUUCAAGCAGUUCGUCAACGACGUGGCUGUGGUCAAGGAGCUCGACGGCGUCAAGUUCGUGGUGCUGAAAAAGAAGCCGCGGCCCCGGGAGGUACCAGAGCCCCUGCUCUCCUGCAUCCCCAGCGCCCCCGGGCCACCGGCCCCGCAGUCCAAGAUCACGUCCAUCUCGCAGGUGGAAACUGCUGCCUCGGGGGCUCCUUCCUUGGCCUCCGAGAACUGGUCGAUGGAAGCACCUGAGGACCCCGCUUCUCCAUCAAAGCCACAGAACACCUCUGGGGCUCCGGUCUCUGAGCCCACUUCUCCAACUGGGGAGCCGUUGUUAAGCCUUACGACCCAGCAGUCAGGGGGACCCUCCGACCCCUGGCUUCCAGACUUAGAGAUAACCCAGCCCUCGGAGGACCUUUGUGCAGACGUGGCCCCACCGUCUAGGGCACCGUCGGAGGCGGCCUCACCCCACGCAGAGCCGCCAGGCCUGGGAUCUGGGCCUGGGGCGACGACAGGGCCGCCACCACUCCCUCCGCGCGCGCCUCCGCAGAAGCCCUGUAUGCUGCCGGUGCGCUGUGUCCCGGGCCCCGCCGCGCUCCGGCUCCGAGCCGAAGAGCAGGGCCUGCGCCGGCAGCUGUCGGAGGAGCCGAGCCCGCGGAGCUCCCCGCUGCUGCUGCGGCGGCUCUCGGUGGAGGAGUCCGGCCUGGGCCCCGGCCGCUCCCCGCACCUGAGGCGCCUGUCGCGCGCUGGCCCGCGCCUGCUGAGCCCCGACACCGAGGAAGUCCCCGUCGCACCGCCGCCGUCUGCCGUGCCCCUGGAGCCGGCCGAGCACGAGUGGCUAGUGCGGACGGCCAGUGGCCGCUGGACCCACCAGCUACAUGGUCUACUGCUGCGCGACCGCGGCCUUGCCGCCAAGCGUGACUUCAUGUCUGGUUUCACGGCCCUGCAUUGGGCCGCCAAGAGCGGCGACCGAGAGAUGGCGCUGCAGCUGGUGGAGGUGGCGCAGCGUGGGGGCGCGCGGGUUGAUUUGAAUGCGCGCUCACACGGUGGCUACACGCCAUUGCACCUGGCCGCUCUGCACGGCCACGAAGAUGCCGCGGUGCUGCUGGUGGGCCUGGGUGCACAGGUGCAUGUGCGUGACCACAGCGGGCGGCGGGCCUACCAGUACCUACCGCAGGGCGCCUCCUAUGCGCUGCGCCGUCUAUUGGGCGACCCUGGUCUGCAAGGCUCUACCGAACCUGAUGCGACCGGUGGUGUUAGUGGUAGUCUUGCGGCCCGGCGCCCAGUGCAGGUGGCCGCCACCAUCCUCAGUUCCACCACCAGCGCGUUUCUGGGCGUCCUGGCCGACGACCUGAUGCUUCAGGACCUGGCUCGAGGCUUGCGGAAGUCUGGCUCCUUCAGCAAGUUCUUGGGUGCCUCGCCCAUAGCUGCUCGUAAAAAGACAAAGACCCGCAGUGGCCUGCCGGCCUUUUCAGAAAUCUCUCGUCGAUCCACUCCGGGACCCUUCGCUGGUCUGAUGCCCAGCCUGCCCCCUGCAACCUGA